CCGCAUGAAUUCAAACCCGAGCGAUAUGGCGGUCUUAACGCUGGGAUGAAGGUCAGCAACAUCGCGUUUGGAUCUGGGCGACGAGCCUGCCCCGGGUACUACUUUCCGGAGGGUACCAUGUUCGCCACUGUGGCAACCGUUCUUGCGAUAUGCCGACCGUUGAUGAGCACGGAUGUCAGGUUAUCCCUGAAGUUAGCCUCGCGUCGGGAGCAAUCGUGUCAGACCUUCAAUCCGAAAGCGAAUGAGUGCUGUGCGGCGCCAACGGAGAUGCAUUCAGCUCCCCGGAAAAUGUCAAGUGUGCAUUCCGCCCGCGACAAGGACGCAUGA